AUGACGUGUUUCGAGGAUUUAUCAAAUGAGAUUUUUUAUGAAAUCAUUGAAUAUCUUGACAUUUGUGAUGCAUACGCCGUGUUUUCAAAAUUAAACCGUCGUUUCCAACAGUUUUUCAAAUAUUUAAGUUUACCAUGGAAAUUUUCUAUACAUUCCGCAAGUAGAGUCAGCUUAUCAGAACGUUGUCAAUACAUAAGAUCUAAACCUGUGGCUGAUAUUUUAUCACUUCGUUUCUCAAAUCCAACCGCUGUCGAUUAUGUUCUUUCGUUAAUUCCAUUGGAUUCGUCAUUCAUUCGCCUCGAAUCGUUGGUGCUUCAUAAAGUAAACCUAUUGAAGUUAGUUUCUAUCCUAACAACUCUCUCAACACUUCCACGGCUUUUCUCACUUACCGCUACGAUGGUUGGGGCCAUUACAUUCCUCCGUGAUGUUCACGACGCAUUAUUGGCUCUACCUGUUCUGAAAUAUUGCAAUACUACGUUUAAUGGAAAGAUCGAAUUCCUUGAGUUGGCUAACUUAUGCGCUAAAAUUAGUCCAAUAGAAUAUUUUGUGAGUAGGACGUCGUAUACUGUGAAGAAUGUAACUGACAUAUUUCGACAUCUCCCGAAGCUCGUUCAUGCGGAAGUGAGUUGCUUUUCGCCGAUGUUUAGUACUGAUAGUCUGAUGCCAUUGCUAGUGAAACAUUUGACUUGUUUACAUUUGCAAACUUCAACACAGGUUGAACAGUUGGAAGUAUUCUUAUCGAAAUUAUGUCAUCAAAUUCAGAUACUACGUAUUUCGUCAUAUUCAAAGAUGGAUUCGACGGAUGCAAAACGGUGGCAACGCUUGAUCUCGUCUCAUUUUCCAGAUCUUCGUACGUUUGAAAUGCAACACUUUGGAGAAAUUUCUAGUUUAAAUGAAUACGAUCUCAUUCGAAAUGAAUUCAAUUCGUCCUUCUGGUGGAAAAGAAAAUGGUUUUUCACCUUUCAAACUUUCAACACUAACAACACCUUCUACAUGCUCUUCUAUUCCCAAAUGCGUGCAUCGAGUACUCGGGAUGCACGUUCGAUCCAUAAUAUUACUAUUGAUGACGCGAAAACCAUCAUUGAAUUUCAAUCUUCACAACUAACAUUCUUCCCUGCGUAUCAAAAUUCUGGUAAUGCAUCACUAUUCCAUCAGAUUCUGAAUACCAUGCCGUAUCAACAACUGAAACGUUUAACAAUCACAAGUAACACUUGUAUGAUGGAUAAUCUGAUAGAUUGGCUAAACCUUUGUACAAAUAUAGAGGUUUUAACUUUCAAAACGUACUACUAUUCGAAAAAGACUUGCUCUUGUAUAAUUCCACGCAUUAUCUUCCAAACAUUAUUGACAUAUGAGAACGUUCAAGAUUUGAUUGACACAUUUCCUCGUUUGGAAAUCUUAGAAAUGAAAAUCAGAGAAAACGAUCUGGAAAAUAUUGUUCGCUUUCUUCUAACAUAUACUCAUGAUGAAAUCUCUCGUUUAUAUUCAAUUAUUAUCCAUGAUGCGCAUUCAAUAUUAUCUGGUAGACUACACAAGCAAAUUGAACGUGAAGAUUUUAAUUGGAUCUGUUCGGUUGAAUUCAUUGGCGAUGUGUUAUAUUUACGAUGGAAAUGA